UUUCGGUUGUUACACUGCAAAACGUGUGUUCUGUCUGCAGAUUUAACCGGUGAUUUACGCUUUUGUAACUUUUUAUAGUGAGUUUUCUGACUGAUGUACGUGACCAGUGUGGAGUUGUGGAUUAAGAAUGUCUGAAUAUAAAGUGAACAUAAAGUGGGGUAAGGAGAAGUACACUUCCAUUGAGUGUAAUGUGUCCGAGUCUCCAGAUCUCUUCAAGGCUCAGAUCUUUGCCUUGACAGGAGUGCAGCCAGACAGACAGAAGGUCAUGCUUAAAGGAGCAACCCUCAAAGAGGCAUGGACAGGAUUCAAGCUCAAAGACGGAGUCACAUUCCUCAUAAUGGGAUCAGCGGAUGCUCUUCCUGAAGCACCAGUCCAGAAGACUCUGUUCAUGGAAGACAUGACGGAUGAGCAACUAGCGAGCGCGUUUGAGAUGGCGGCUGGACUGAAGAAUCUUGGCAAUUCGUGUUACCUCAACGCCACAGUCCAAUGUCUGCAUAGUGUACCAGAGCUCAGAGACGUGCUGAAAAAGUUCGAUGGUAAGAUCAACCCAGGCAUGGCAGCCAUCCAGCCAGCUGAGUCCAUAACGGCCGCUAUGAGGAAUCUAUUUGAUAACAUGGACAAGGCAGCGGAUGGAGUUCUCCCCAUCUAUCUUCUACAGCUCCUGCAUAUCGCCUUCCCUCAGUUUGCAGAGAAAGCGGAGAAUGGCGCCCCACAACAACAGGAUGCCAAUGAAUGUUGGGUGCAGUUGAUGAGAUUACUGCAGCAAAAACUAACCUUGGCGUCACCUUCAGGAGAAGUCCAAGCAGUGGAGGCUGCGUCAGCAACAACAAAAAAAAGCUUCAUCGACCAGUACUUUGGGGUCACCUUCGAAAGCACUCUCAAGUGUGUGGAGGCAGAAGACGAACCGGUCACAAAAUCUACAGAGCUCGUUCUACAGCUCAGUUGUUUCAUCACUCAGGAAGUAAAGUACAUUCACACAGGACUGAAAAAUAGACUCAUGGAAAAUAUUGAAAAGACUUCACCAACCCUAAAGAGAGACGCCCAGUACAUUAAAGAGUCGCAUAUCAGUCGUCUUCCAGCUUACCUUACUAUACAGAUGGUUCGAUUCUACUAUAAAGAAAAGGAAGCUAUCAGUGCCAAGAUAUUGAAGGAUGUGAAGUUCCCAAUGGUCCUAGAUGUAUUUGACCUUUGUACCCCUGAGCUGAAGGAGAAGCUGCUUCCGAUCCGAGGCAAGUUUAAGGAGAUGGAAGACAGGAAACUGGAGGAAGCGGCUAAGUUGAAGCAAGCAGGAAACAAAGUACCGCCAAGUGAAAAGACAGAAUCUGCAAAACUGUUGCCGUACGAUUUCCCAGACGAUGUGGGAAGCAACAACAGUGGAUAUUACCAGCUCCAGGCAGUCUUGACCCAUCAAGGGAGAUCCAGUUCCUCUGGUCAUUAUGUAGGCUGGGUCAAAAGGAAAGAAGACGAGUGGAUCAAAUUUGAUGACGACAUCGUCUCGCUCAUUUCGUCGGAGGACAUCUUGAAGCUGUCUGGUGGUGGGGAUUGGCACUGUGCCUAUGUCUUACUCUACGGCCCCCGAAGAUUGGAAGAGCCCCCGAAAGUUGAAGAGCCAAUGCAGGAGAACUAACCUCAUGAAUAUUCAAAGGGGGAGGUCAGCAGAAUCCAUUCCAGAUGUGUCCGACUUGACGGCUUUUGGGAGCGGCUAUGGAUGGAUCGCUUAAUACCCAUUUCAGACAGGCGCUACAGAGUCGCUCCAAACUAAAUUCUGAGCUAAGUACAUGAAUUGUUUGACAUCUGAGACAGUUAGGAGUGACUGGACGCGCUAGAAGUCUAAAGAUCGACUUUUUCAGUCGUUUGGAACAACUCUGGAGCGCCUUGGUUUCAGACAUUGGUCUUGUCAUGAGCAUAAUGUAAGUGUUAGGUUAAGUUUGCCUGUCUACAGCUGUCUGAAACCAAAAUUUAUGUGGGUCGACCUAGAGUCACUCCUAAUCUUUCUGGUUCGGCACGACACUGGCACGCCUGUCUUAAGUGGGUGUUAAAGGCCUAUUCAUUUACAUUGUUGCUGAAUCCAAUCGCUGUAGCCAUAGCCGUUUCAUUUGGCCAUUGACUGGACAAUCAUGGAAGCUUAGACUGCCCCUAGUAAAACCUAGCCACAGCCAUUUAUUUUGAGCGCAUUCAGUUGACCUGUGGUUGACCUCCGACUUGUUCACUACCUACCUUAAUGAGACCGAGGAACAAAAUAGAAAAGGGAAGAAAAACCAGGCUGAAUGAGAAAGGGUGUGACUGCCCUAUGUUCCAACACCCUUGCAGGUAUAUUCUGACAACCCAAUGAUCCUUUAACGCAUUGUCAUCUGUACUUUAGGGUAAGGGUUAGGAUUAGGAAAGGGUGUCUGAACAUACAGUGUAGGUGUGUAUGGGAGCGUCUCAAAACUCGGCAAGCCUGAUGCUUCACAGAGAGGCAACAAAGGCGAUUGCCUCCAUGCCCCAUAAAUUAUGUGGAGAUAAGCCUAUUAUACUGCUGACAACGCUAUUUGUAUAUCUCCCAUGACCUUUACUAGGUCACGGGGAUAGACAAAUUGCGUUGUCAGCAGUAACAGACAUGCGUAGCUGCAAUUUGGAAUAGGCUUAUAGCUUGGGAACUAAUAAUUAUGCUGUCAUUGCAUGCUGUUUAACUCUGCUCGUGUUACGACUGCUAAUGUCUGCAGUUCAUCACUCCACAUUCUCUCUGUGUGUAUUUAAAAACUCUCAAUGACAAGGGCGCAAUUUCAUAGAGCUGCAGUACAAAAAUUACAUAAGCACAACCAAACUAUUUUAUUACUAGAAUAGGGUUACCAACAAACUACAAUGUCAAAUGUACAACUUAUGUUUGCUUAUGCUUAGCAGAAUUUGGUUUAAAGCAAUGUUUCCUGUUGAGGCAUCCCUAUGAAUUUGGGCCCUGAAAUUUAUCAUUGAAUAGCCCUCUACUUAUAAAGUGAUGUGAUGAGCAACCAGUAUAGUUCAAUGUCUUGCUCAAUGCUCAUGGACAUGCCAAGUGUCAUGGCCGGGAUUCGAACGUACACCCUGAUGACUCCGCACCAGAACUUGAGUCCGAAUCACUUAACCACUCAGCAGUAUGGUCAGUAUGCUCUGAGCUUAUUUUGUUCUGAGAGAUCUUUUGCUUCAAACAUUUGAGGUCGGGUCAAGUGAACUUAUUUAGAAAAUGAGGAACUCGCAGGCAGUGGACACUUGGUAAUUACUCAAAACAAUUAUUAGCAUAAAACCUUACUUGGUAAUGAGUAAUGGGGAGC